AUGCAAGGUCCAGCACAUCAUGUUCUCCAAGGGACGGCGCUGUACGAACCAGUUCCUCAGACGCAGUUUGUAGCUGCGUAUCUGCAUCGAGAUGGAUCGCUGGUUAGAACUGGGGGACGCACUACACAACGCUGCCUGGCGUACGCUGGAACGCUUCACCUCGAUGUGUGCAAAGAGGCGCGCAAAUACCGGUGCAGUUCAGCCGGAUGGAGCUCGACGAAUCGCUCGGUGGAAGCAGGUAUCAGCAUCUGCGAUUCGAACGCAUGUCAAUGUCGAAUGGAACGGGGUCUCCGACUCGAGCGUAUACACGAAAAUUCGGGUCUCUUUCUCUGGUCUUCAGCACUAGCGUUUGCGGAACUGUUCUGUGACUGCUUCCUUUUCCUCUGUGUGGCCGUCGGCUUUCCGUACGGUGUCCUGCUCUUUCCCUACAAUGUCCUUCGUUCGCAGUGGAAGGGUUUCGGUGGCAGCGUUGAAUUCCUGAAUGCGCUGCUUCCGCCUGUUACCGAUGCAUUUCAUCCGCAGGCGAAAGCGGCGACGUAUGCCUCGCUUGCCAUUUUCAUCUGCAUCGUAUACAGCUGA